CACCCAGGAAGUUGUAAGAACAGUGCAGAGAGACCCUGUGCCAGUCCCCCAGUGCCAUCUGACAUGUUAGUAGUGCAGUAACGUAAAGUCAGGGACCUGUGUUCGUCCGACCGAAGCCCUUGCUCGUCAACGAUGGAGACGGAGCAGGAAAAGGCAACCCGGAGGAAGGGGCUGAGCGCAGACACCACCUUGUACCGCUGCACCGCGUGCCAUGGGGACGAGGACUGGGUGCUCGGCGCCCCCAUCCGGGGUCGGGCCAAGGCCCGCAGCCUGUCCGCCUCACCCGCCCUGGCGAGCACCAAGGAGUUCAGGAGGACCCGCUCCCUGCACGGGCCGUGCCCAGUGACCACGUUCGGACCGAAGGCCUGCGUGCUGCAGAACCCCCAGACCAUCAUGCACAUCCAGGACCCUGCCAGCCAGCGUUUGACGUGGAACAAGUCCCCGAAGAGCGUGCUCGUCAUCAAGAAGAUCCAGGACACCAGCCUGCUGCAGCCGUUCAAGGAGCUCUGUGUGUACCUGAUGCAGGAGAACAACAUGAUCGUCUACGUGGAGAAGAAGGUUCUAGAAGACCCUGCCAUCGUGGGCGAUGACAGCUUCGGGCCAGUGAAGAAGAAGUUCUGCACCUUCAGAGAAGACUACGAUGACAUUUCCAACCAGAUCGAUUUCAUCAUCUGCCUGGGUGGGGACGGCACCCUGCUCUACGCCUCCUCGCUCUUCCAGGGCAGCGUGCCUCCGGUCAUGGCGUUCCACCUGGGCUCCCUGGGCUUCCUGACCCCCUUCAGCUUCGAGAACUUUCAGGCCCAAGUCACUCAGGUGAUACAGGGGAACGCAGCUAUUGUUCUUCGGAGCCGGCUGAAGGUCAAGGUUGUGAAGGAGCUCAGAGGGAAGAAGCUGGCUGUCCCCAACGGGACCAGCAAGAACGGGGCGCUGGCUACAGACCUGGACUCUGAAGUCGGAAAGCAGGUCAUGCAGUACCAGGUCUUGAACGAGGUGGUGAUUGACAGAGGCCCCUCCUCCUACCUGUCCAACGUGGACGUUUACCUGGAUGGGCACCUCAUCACCACAGUGCAGGGAGACGGCGUGAUUGUGUCCACCCCGACGGGCAGCACAGCAUACGCGGCUGCAGCCGGGGCCUCCAUGAUCCACCCGAACGUGCCGGCCAUCAUGAUCACGCCCAUCUGCCCCCACUCGCUGUCUUUCCGGCCCAUCGUAGUCCCUGCAGGGGUCGAGCUGAAGAUCAUGUUGUCACCAGAAGCAAGAAACACCGCCUGGGUGUCUUUUGACGGACGAAAGAGACAGGAGAUCCGCCACGGAGACAGCAUCAGCAUCACCACUUCGUGCUACCCGCUCCCCUCCAUCUGCGUCCGAGAUCCUGUGAGCGACUGGUUUGAGAGCCUGGCCCAGUGUCUGCACUGGAACGUGCGGAAGAGGCAGGCCCACUUCACGGAGGGCGAGGACGGCGAGGAUGUGGGCGACGGUGACGGCGAGGGCUAGCCCCGCGCUCCUGCCACGCCCUCGGGGUCCCAGAGCCCCGAGGCCUUCAUGCCCCCUUCCCUCUCUGCCUCCCCCUGCUCGCCCCGUGGGGCAGGCCGACCUGCACACGGGCCGUGGACGGUCACACACGUGCAGGCCUCAGGUGUCACGGCGCUCCUGUCUGCAGCCCGAGGAGGAGCCUGGAAUCUGCCUUUUGUUGACCAGAUCCGCCAUUUUUUAACAUUUUAAAUCUGACUUAUUUUUGCAUUUCUAACUAAGCCGAGGGAGCCGUGGGAUGGCCGGAGCUCUGAGGCCAGCACCGCACGCCCAUCUGUCAGAGCCUGUCCCCGGGGCAGGGGCCAGGGAACGUCCGUAAAUCAGCUGAUCGAAUUCAGAGGGAAUCGGAAUGGAUGACGUUUUUCUUAGGUGUUGAAAAUAAAUGUCUUACAGCCCAAAACCAUUCUUCAGCCGCCGCGGUUCUCCCCUUAGGCCUGCACCUUUUCUUAGCACCCCUGUGGCAGGGCUGGGCCCGUGCGUCCCCUCAGGGGCUGCACUGAGGCUGCCCAGGCCCUCCUGCCUUGGUCCCCUGGCCCUUGUCAACUACCCCUGCUCUCGUGCGGCAGGUGCCGCUGGGUGCCACAGGUGGCCCAUGAGCCCGCACAUUCCUUACAAUUCAGGGUCGGCACCCCCGUGCCCUGGAAGGUGUUUUAAAUCCUGUGUACACUUUUUAUAGAUUCUUCUAAACUCUCUGAAAUGCUCACGUGCAGAUUCUGUCGUGCACUGAAGAUUUCAGAGGGCUCGCCCUGUCGUGAACGGAGCCCCAUUCUGUGUUUGCGUGUUCUGUGUGACGGUGCUGGGACCACCUGUCCAGUCCAGCACGGCCGCUGCAGGUGGGGGAGAUGGCUGGCUCAGCAAGCCGUGGUCCUUCGCAGCUGGAGCAAGAACGCUGGGACAAAGGGGUCCACGCAGUGAGCACGGUGACCUUCCGUGUCGGUUCUGCGUGCUUCUCCCUGGGGGCCCAGGGUAUAAGGAGACCGCGUCGUCCGGCACGCGCUCUUCCCUCGGUCGGCCGGGUGGGACACGCGUGUGCGUGGGGCCUGUGGUCAGAGAUGAGACUCGGACUGCACGUGGCCUUGGCUGCUCGCGUGGCAGGUGUCCUAAACAUGGGCCUGUUUUUGAGGGAUUUGUCUUUGAGCUGCAUUUCCAUUUGCUAAAUCGGUGAGAAGGGAAGGGCUGGGCGCCUGCCCCAGGCCCCACCUCUGGAGCGAUGGGCAGGGCUGUGCCUCGUCCGCGUGGAGGGUCCAGGGCCACACGCAUGGCCACCCACAGCGGGUCUACAGAGCUGGCUCUGCAGCCUGAGCAACUCCGCCGUCGGCGCAUGUCGGUCAAGUGCUGUGCCCCCAUCCUGUCCCUCUGGGUACCUCAGCAGCUGGACCCUUGUGCGCUCAGCGUUCGGCCCAGGGUUGGGCCAGGGCGGGCUCUCACCGGGCUUCCGGUCCGGAGGACAGUGGCACUCGGAACCCAGGUUACUUGCUCAGACGAGAGAGCAAGUGCUAGUCCUAGAGCAGCAUGACGUUGGGGUAAUCUAGAAGGCUUUGGGUUUUUUUGAAGUAAAUUCUUAAUGUUUAAUAUUGUCAAUAUCCUGAAAAUUUGUUAAAUGUCGAAAGCCUUAUUACUAUUUUCAGAUCCUUUCAAUAAACAGACUUGUUUAAAAGUU